GAAGCCAAUAUCCUUGAUGGAAGAAGUAUUUAAGAGACUUCAGUGAAGGGGCUGAAAUCAUUUCAUCCAGAGAAAUCAUGGUCUCCAGGACUCAUAAUUGAAAAGAAGAAACUAGAAUUUAUAGCUGUCAUGUCUCUUUCUACUGGCUUCCAACUUGGCUUGAACUUCCUACAAACAAAGAAUGUCCUGUGGAAGCUCACAGGAUACUGUUGCAUCCUCCUGUUCUCACUAUGCUUUUUCGCUGACCAGGAAAGCGGUGGAAAGGCUCUAGCUUCACCCACCCCAAACCAGUACAAAAUUGAUGUGACUUUCGACCCAAACACAGCAUUUGAAUCACUGGUUGUGUCACCAGACAAGAAGACUGUGAAAAAUAUGGGUGUCCCCCAAGUGGUGCCAGACAGUCCACAGAGAUUCAAUAGCAGUCCCUGUGUGCUGGGCUAUCCUGGAUUUGGAUCAGGGAAAUAUUACUGGGAGGUGGAGUAUGGAACGCAGAGGGAGUGGGCUGUUGGGGUGGCCGGGAAGUCUGUGGAGAGGAAGCGCUAUCUCAGCCUUGUCCCUGAAGAACGGAUUUGGCAAGUGGGCCUCUGGUGGCUUCGGCAACUGGAAACUGAUGCUCACGUGCCUCCCAAGAGGUCUGGAAAGGUUUCCGUAUUUUUGGAUUGCGAUGAGGAAACAGUGACUUUUAACAUGGAUGACAAAGUCACUGCCUUCAAUGCCAGUUUCAAUGGGGAGGAAAUUGUACCCUUUUUCUUUCUAGGGGGAGGUGUUUCACUUAAGAUUCUCUGAGUAGUUACAGUUCUUGGUUAAAACAAGGACUUCUUUCAGGACAACCUUUGCAUUGCCUGUUCAAGCAUUUAAUAACCUCUGGCUUUUGGAUAAUAAUCAUGUAUCAUAUGGGAAUGUACCCCCAUCCCCAAACCGCUAGGAGCAUUUAAAUUCCAGACCUAGAGCGGUUUGUUGCCAUACGCAUUAUACUUCUUUGCAUAAGUAAUGCAAAUAUUGCAGGCUUUUUUCCCCAGAGAAAUAAAGGUUCCGCAAAUGGGAAUUAUGGCUGACACAUUCUAUCCAUAUUACACUGGAUAAAGAGGU